UCGGGAUCCAGUUUGUGCAUGUGUGUGUUUUUUAACCGAAGCAAGCAGUGCAGCAGCCUGCUCACACAAGUGAGUGUCUUCCAGAAAAAGACAGACACACUGCACAGGUGAAAAAAGGAGAGAAGAAGAGAGGGACUAGAGCACUGAGACCAGCUUAAAACCAAGAUGUCUACUUUGUUCAUGACAAACAGCAUGGUAGGCAAGGCCCGCUCCUCAAACUUCACCCUGUCUGAGAAACUGGAUCUUCUGCGGCUGGUACAGCCUCACAUACGCAUUUUGGAGGUGCACACCAACAAGCAUUCAGUGAUUGUGGAUAAGAACCGGUGCUGGGACAGCAUAGCCGAGCGCUAUAACAGUUUAGGAGGUGAGAGGCCCACCAGAACGGCUCAGGGCCUUCGGACCCUCUAUAAACGACUUAAAGAAAGUGCCAAACAGGAAGUUCUUCAGCGAAGCCAUUCCCAGCCUGAGUACCGGGGCAGCAUCUCAGAGCCCACCAAACGCAUCAUGGAAAUGAUUCCACAACUGUUUCAUGUGGGAGACAAAGAGCAGAGUGCACUCCACAGGCUUCAUUUCAAGAGGAACUCUCCAUUAGAGCAGCCAGGUAGCAGUCUGUCCCUCCCUGUCAUGUCAGACUAUCCACCUGUUUCGGCUGUGAGGGUGGAGUCAGAGGACAUGAAACCGCCUCCUGAUAUCCACCUUUUUACAUCUCAUGGUUCCCCUGUUACUAUCACCACCCCAAGCAGUCAGGCCCACCAUGGACAGAAUGACAAGGACAAUGAGGUGGUGGAAGAGGAGGAAGAUGAGGAGGAAGUAGUCUCCCACGUGUACGCAGCCUCCCUCUCUCCAUGUCCUUCCUCUGUACACCUCUCACCUUCACCAUCAGCAUCCGCCCCAAGGAGGAGUCUGUAUCAGAUGGUCAGCUCGGCUUUCAAAAAUCCCAUUUUUGAGGCAGAAACAUUGCAGAUGAUGCGAGAGGAACAUGAGCUGCUUCUGGCCAAUCACAGAAAACUUGGAUUGUAUCUGGAGGAGAAGAGGGAGGGGCUUAAAAGAAAGCAACAUUUGGAAGAGGAGCUACUCAGGUCAAAGGUCAAAGUGGAGAAACUGAGGGCAGCCAGGCUCCGCCAUGGGUUGCCAUUGAUGUGACACGUAGUGUUGCGUCUAAAAAAGUUGCAUAAAGGGAACUUCGGCACAGUUGUGUGGCUGAUCUGAUGAAAUUUGAAAUUUUUUGUUUGUACAGUCUGAGCUUGUUGAAAUGUUUGUACAGUUUUUUUUUAUUUUUAUUUUUAUUUUUUUUUUACAGUUUUUAUUCUACUGACAUUUUUACAAGCAACACUGGUUACACUUACAAAAAGGUUGUAUUUGUUCACAAUAGUUAACUACAAAAGUUAACAAACUAACAAUUAACAAUACUUUUUCAGCACUUAAUCUUGGUUAAUGUUAAUUUCAAAAUAUACUAGUACAUUUUUAACAUUUAAAGUUAGUUAAUGCAGUAUGAACUAACAUGAACAAUGAACAAUUGUAAAUGUAUAAAAUAACAGCAUCAACUAAGAUAUCCUGUAAAAAAAAAAUGUCAUUGUUAGUUCAUGAUACCUAAUGCAUUUACUAAUGUUAACAAAUAAAACCUUACUGUAAAGUGUUACAGAAUUUUUUUUUUUUUUUUUCAUGUCUGUAGCAGGAAUGAAAGUUGUUGUGUGUGAAUGCCUGAAAGAGGUUUUAUUUUGUAUGCACUUACUAAUAAAAUUGUAGUUGCUUUAAUCUGUGUUUUGAGUGUAUCUUUUUUAUUAUUUCUUGUCAGGAGCAUAGAAUGAAGAUCUUCUCACUCUCAAGCUGUUUGUGUAGACUUCAUUUUAUGUUUGUACAGUGUGAUGUGUUUACUGAAUCUAAUGUGAAAUUCUUGCAAAUUAAUUCAUGUGAAUUCUUUUUUAUGCUACAGUUUGACACCUGGCCAUUAAUUUUUGUAGUUUAUCUGACACAGUAAAAAAACAAUACCAGGAAUGAAACAUGUGUUGAAA